GGUGCGUACUUGACGGAACGGCGACAUCUAGAGGCUUGGAACAUCCGCGCAGGCUUCGUGUUUGCCCAGCAACGUAACCCAGUGCGAGUGACAGCGAUCCCAACUGCCGGCUGGUGAGAAUGAAGACCCAAAUCCACACGAUCAGCGUCCCGAGCGACGGAUCGUACGACAAUGAGGCGUUGAGCUGCUCCACGCUGGAUAUAUCGACGCACAAUGGAGAACCACACGGUGGUUUACGAGGAUCGAACGAAUUUAUCUUGUCAGAUAGUGGACAGAAAAUCAAUUCGGAUGAUGAUCAGGCAGGCCAGCUCCACCUGUGGCUUCAGAGGAAGGCGAAAAGUGCGUUCUCCGAGAAGAUGAUUAAAAAACGAUUGCCAAUUCUACGGUGGCUUCCGCAAUACAACUCCACGGACGCAAUCGGGGAUUUAGUGGCGGGAAUUACCGUCGGUCUCACGGUUAUACCACAAGCUCUUGCCUAUUCCGGUAUCGCUGGACUUCCCGCCGCGUACGGACUCUACGGGUCGUUCCUGGGCUGCAUCGUGUACAUUGUGUUCGGUAGCUGCAAAGAUGUCCCGAUGGGACCGACCGCCAUCGCGUCGCUGCUCACGUUCCAAACGGCGGGCGGCAGCGUCGGUAGAGCGAUACUGCUCUGCUUUCUGUCCGGCCUGGUCGAACUAAUGAUGGGCAUACUUGGGCUAGGGUUUUUGGUCGAUUUCGUGUCCGGUCCCGUCUCGUCGGGUUUUACGUCGGCCGUUUCGCUGAUCAUCGUUACCUCGCAGGUAAAGGACGUGCUCGGAAUUUCCGCCUCGGGCUCGACGUUCCUCGAGAUUUGGGGAAGCAUUUUCAAGGACAUUCACAAUGUGCAAGUGUGGGACACUUUCCUCGGAAUUACCUGCAUCGCGGUACUGCUGAUUAUGAGGAUUAUUGCUGGCCUCAAAGUUGGCCCGGCGGAUGAUGAGUUGAAAUCCAAAAACCAUCGCAUUAUUAACAAGAUAAUGUGGCUUGUUGGUACCUCGAGAAAUGCGAUCCUGGUAGUUGUUUGUGGCGCCAUCGGGUAUUCGUUCCAAGCGUCGGCCGCGGUUCCGUUCAAGCUGAUCGGAUACAUUCCACCCGGUAUGCCAUCGUUCAAGGCACCACCCUUUUCGCUGACCGCCAACGAAACACUCAGUGGCCGCGAGGAGUCGUUUUCGGAUAUGGUGUCUAGUUUAGGGUCGGGCUUAAUAGUGGUCCCAUUGAUAGCGCUAAUGGAAAACAUUGCUAUCUGCAAGGCUUUCUCCAAUGGAAAACCGGUGGACGCGACGCAGGAACUGAUUGCUAUCGGUCUCGCCAACAUUGCCAACUCCUUCGUGCAGGGCUUCCCAGGUACCGGCUCGCUGAGCCGGAGUGCUGUCAACAAUGCUUCCGGCGUGCGAACGCCAAUGGGAAACAUCUACACCAUGGCACUGGUGGUGCUAUCGUUGCUCUUCUUCACUCCAUACUUUUCGUACAUUCCGAGGGCGUCACUGGCGGCCGUAAUCAUUGCUGCGGUUGUGUUCAUGGUGGAGGUGAAAGUGGUGAAGCCGAUGUGGAGAAGUAAAAAAAGCGAUUUGAUACCCGGACUCGGGACGUUUAUUGCCUGCUUGGUACUUCCGCUGGAAGCGGGUAUUUUGUUCGGCGUGGGGCUUAAUGUGGUAUUCAUUCUUUAUCACGCUGCCCGACCAAAGAUUUCCGUUGAGCGGCUCACGAGCCCUGGAGGAACGGAAUAUUUGAUCAUUACGCCCGAUCGUUGUUUGAUCUUCCCGUCGGUCGACUAUGUCCGCAACCUGGUGACGAAACAAUCCAUCCGCCAGUCACUACCGGUAGUCAUCGACUGUUCGCACGUGUACGGGGCCGAUUUUACGGCAGCUACCGUAAUCGAUAGUAUAACGCAAGAUUUUGCGAAACGUGAUCAACCAUUGUUCUUCUACAAUCUCAAGCCGAGCGUUUGCGCAACUUUCGAAGGUUUAUCGCCGGCCGAUUUUGUCGUAUACUACCGCGAGGAACAUCUGGACGAUUUGCUGAAACAGCGUGCUUUUAAACCAAAGGAAGUGAUUAGUGCCUAAUGCCGUGUGUCAUGGUAUUGGGGAAAGCGCACGAAACGAUAUAUUGAGCAUCCCGACUUAUGAACAACUACAGCGAACAGUAUUAAUGAAAUCGAACGGAUACCAGAUCAGUGCCAGAACAAUGGACCUCGGUUGGGUAGUAUUAAUGCCAACAUUUCCUACUGUACAUUCCCUUGAGUAACGAACAUGGGGGGAUCCCAUUUAAUUUUGGAUGCAAAAAUAAUCGCUCUAUUCUGCGUCAGAUUAAAUAAGAAAAUAAAUUAUUGUCAAUAGCUGGUUCUAAGACCAUGCACAUAAAAGAAAAAAAAGUUGAUUGACAAACAAACUUAACAUAAAAGUUGCUGUAUAGUUAAAACAUGGUUGAUACUAAAUCGUUACCACCAUAAGGUUAUUAUUUAACAUUUACUCUUGUGCUUGCGAAAGAUGAAGCUUGAUCGAAUUAUUUAAGGACGCACAUGUUGUAGUUACGAUAAGCUCGGCGAUCGUCAGUCGGCGAAGAUAUUGCCAACCAUUUUAAAUGUACGCAUUGUAGGCAAUGCAAACUUAAGAUACUGAAUGGUAUACUUGUUAUAUUUUAUGAUAAGAUAAAU